CCAUUACACUGCACAGUGACUACAAAGUGAUCAGGCUGCAUAUUAGCUCAUUCAUACAAAGCUAUCUCAUGCCAUUUGGAUGCCCAGGGGAAAAGAAUGAUUCAGAAGCAGCAUGGCAGGCCCUCUACAUCCUUGGCGUCCUCUAAACCAGCUGGGACAGGCCAGAGGAUACUAUACACAGGUCCAGACAAUAUAGGCGAUUACAGACCAAAAUUCCCUGAUUUCACCCGUUACAUUGGGGAAUUUAUGCCAUCAGAAGAAGGCACCAGUGAAGUGAAUUAUUUAUGUCGUGCUGCCCCAGGCACACCCCACCCUAGGCCCAAAGACAUGCAUGUAGGGGGCAUUGGUUGGGGAGUCACAGCAUUCAGUCACCUUAAUAGAAGUCAGCUGUUAAGCAACAAUCAGAUCAAGCUCUGGGAGUUCCGUAAUGCUUGUGAAGAGAGAAUAACUCAUAGUUAUCAAAACCCAUGGUGCCCUCCACCACAUAUUCUUGAUGCUGAAGGAUUUGGUGCACGAGCCACCCUAGCAUGGACUCAUGAUAAAUAUGAGGAUUAUUGCUAUGGUAACCGCAACUGGACUUCGGCCCCGGAAAAAAUCCAACAGGGUCGAAAACAUGGACAUCUAAAAAAAUGAAAAAAGGUUUGGAAAGGAAUCUAAUUUUAACAUUGUACCUUAAAUGAUGCAGGAUGCUACAGGAGGACAAUUGAAAUGAAUGCCCCUCUUGGAUCCAUAUCUAGAAGACUAUUUCCAGUGGACCAUCUUCUUGGUUAAAUAUUUUGCAAACUGAACACGCCUUGCAGUAUCAAACUCUCUACAUCAGCAGUUCACAAUCUUUUUUGGGCCGAGGCACAUUUCAUGGGACCACCUCAGGCAUAUAUAAUUUUUAAUUCUAUACCUUCUUCAUCUACUUAUUAAUGUCACAUUUCCUUAUAGCCUUAUUAGCGGGGUACAUUAGAAUACACUUCUAAUAAGCACCCCAUUUAGUCUAUUACAGUAAUGAAAUCAAUGGGUUCGUGGCACAUGUUGAGGUGGUUUGCAGCACAACAUGUGCCAUUACAGAUUCCAGAAGUUCAGAUGCCCUAAAAUAUCUACAUUUCCUCCAAGAAAUAAAUGCAAUUCGGUUGUUUGUGAAGAAAUUCUAUUAUUCUACUUACUGUCACACGGGAUGAUUCAGAAAUCCUGAACAUAUGUGAGGUUUAUUCAAUAAACAAGCUGGGUAAUUCACCCUAUAAGGAAAGGAGCAGAAAUUGCAGAUUUUUUGUUGUUGGGAACGUGUUCCAGUUCAGCUAUAUUAACAUAACAAAAUGAAUGCCACGCUCAAUUCACAAACUAAUG